AUGAAGUCUCUAUCAGUGAUCGUCUUGUUGGCAAUCGCCGUUGUCUCUGUGCAGGCAGCCAUUACGCGUCUCGAAGACAUAAACUGGGCCGAAGUGCGACCUGUUCAGGAGAGUCCACUGUUUAAGGCGAACCAUGCAGCGAACGGUGUGGCACAACUGCUGGCCAAACUUGACAAGGUGCAAGCUCUACCACCUCCAGUGAAAGGCUCACGUAUCAACAAUGGCGUCGUUGUUGGUCCAACCGAUAUUCCGUACAUUGUCGGAGUGCUCGUAUCGGUUGAAGCCGGUACCUACUUUUGCGGUGGAGUACUAGUCUCACGUACCCAUGUCCUUACCUCCGGUACCUGUGUCGAGGGACAAUCCUCAAUCACGGUACUACUCGGUGCGAGCGAUAUAAGCCGCGCACAGGACUUUGUCCUCGUCGAUCAUGUUCGAGUGCAUCCGGAUUUCAGUUCUUUCUUCCAGUCGAACGAUCUGGCCAUCUUGACACUUUCGCGCGCUCCACGAUUCAGCGAUCAAAUUCAAGUCGCCCGGCUACCAAGGCGUUCCCAGGUUGGUGAGUCAUUCAACAACGUGUGGACCACUAUCAGCGGAUGGGGUGAGACGGCCUCGAAUACUGGUGAGGCGUUGCCAAUGCAGGAACUUCGUUCGGUGCGUUCCCAGGUGAUCACCAACUUCAGCUGCACGAUAAGCUUCCCGUUGUAUCUGCGUUCAUCCAACGUUUGUACCUCGUCCGAUGGUGGUGCACCGUGUGUGGGUGAUGAAGGUGGCCCCGUGACGAUUGUAGAGGAAGAUGGUGGAUCGACGGUGAUCGCUAUCCACUCGUAUACGUACUCUCGAGGAUGUACGCGAAGCUGGCCGGCCGUACAUACUCGUGUGACCGAUUAUCUGAACUGGAUCGAAAUCUACACCGGAGCCAACAUUCGUGCGUAA